AUGGUGGCAUCCCCUCCUCUGUACCGGAGCCCGUCAAUUGACAGAACCCAGCUCAGCACAGCCUUUUUCAUGACCGAGUUUGCAACCAGGUUUCUCACAACUCCGCAUUUCAUGGCCAGCUUAUUCCGCACGUACUUCUCUGCCGAUUCUGAUGGAAUUACCAAUGCUAGUGCGAGUGCAUCCCUUAGUACGCCAGCGGUAUUGGCUGUCAAUGCUCUUGCUCAAGGGCAUUUCGGCCGAGCCAUGGGCGACGCAGUCUCUGUACAGCAAAGUUUUCACAAAUACGGGCUCGCCUUGAAAUCAAUGUCAUCAUCCAUCUCAGCUUUAGGGGUCGGCGAUCUCACCCUUGAUGGCGUAUGCGAGGAGAGUUGGCAGCAUUUCGCAUUCUUCUGCGUUGUCAUGGCUUUCUGGGAACUCAAAAUGUGCCCUCUCUCUAUAAAUUGGCAAAGCCAUAUCCGCGCUUUAGCUGACGCUAUUGCUCUAAGGGGGGAGGACCACCUCUACUCGAAAACAAAUAAGCAGCUCAUAGCCGCUUCGCGCCUAAUGAUUUCAUUGCAAAUACUCUCUUCUAAACAACUGGGUAGCCUCACACCCUACAAAUCGCGAAAGUGGUCUACCAUACGUUCUGCCUGGCUUACUGAGGCAAAAACGACCAUAUACACCAGUGAGGAUCUGAUUCCGUCCUGGGGAACCGAGAUCUAUACUUUUCUGGAUUCUUUGAUGGAUUCUCUCCCAACGUUGGCGAGUCUAAUAAGUCGAUAUGACCAGCUGACCGUUCAACUUCUUCAGACUGGCAGGGCGGGCGACAGUGAGCUUAGUCAAGCUUUACUAAAGCUUUAUCAUGAAGCGGAAACCCUGUUGAGCCAAACAGAAUUAUCAGCUGCGGUGUGGCAAACAAAUGUUUAUGAGUUUUCGAUUACGGAGUCCCAAUCGAAUCCAAACAGCGACCAAGAGGAGGCAAAGGAUCAUUCAAAGUUUUGGCGUGUAUUUGAACAGGACUUGCACUCAUUAUUUGGUACCCUCCUUCACUUCCACUCAAUGCACGAGUAUCAGGCCUUCACGCUGUACUGGACGGUUGUCAUGUCGUUACACUUGCAGCUUAGGGAUAUGGCCUCGAUGAUGAUGGCCAUCAGCUCGCAAUUUAUACCAACCGAUCCCGCAAAGGAUAUCCAGCGCCACCGCGCCCAACUCGUCAUGUAUGCGGAGAAUGUUCUUCGGGCCAUUGCCUUCGCAGAGAACGUCGCUAACCGACGACUUGCCCCCUUCUUCAUCACUACCGCUUUCCAGAUGACGACCGUCGUUCUGGAAAAGGAGUGCGAGAUCCUGCGGGGUGAACACGGGAAUCUAGAGAUCAUCCACAGAUAUGAAGCGAUGAAGGCUCUGGCGUGGCGAUAUAUGAAAUGGGGCUUGCAAAGUAAGAUCCCGAUCAAACUGGACACUACAGGCCGUCUAUUUUGA